CCUUUUCUAUCUUAUUGACUCGUCUCGUCACAGUACUUCAAGUAGAAACACUGGUACAUAGCUUAUUCGAAACGGAUAGUUGAGCGAGGCAAUUUAUGUCGCGGUUCGGCGCAAUUCUUGUCUUCGGAGCUCUCACGGCAAUUACAGUGGGAGAUUAUCGUACUCCGUUGCAUCAUGCCGUCUGCUUCAACUCUGCAGGUGAUAUCGACAUCAACAGUAAACAAAAUUACCCUGUUACUUGGCACAACUUUAUUGAUCCUACUAACAACGAAAAGCUGAAAGGCCACGCAUUAAAUUUGCAAUCCCGACAGUUAGCCUUUUGGCAGAUGGAAUUCACUAUGCCGGCUAUUGUUGCAGGAAUUUCAGUGAUUGCUUACAGACCAACUGACUUGAUCAACAUUACAAUACAACUUCUAAACAAGAAGAAGGAGGUUCGAAAGGCCUUGUCAUCAUUUAGUGAAACUGCAACUUUAAAUUACACGUUUUCACCUGCCCGUCAAGUGUAUUUUAUCAAAAUAAUUAAAACUGGAGAAAGUGAACUGUCGUUUGCGGACAUCAAAGUUUCCGGUACACAAGCUCCAGCACGCACACAAUGUGUUCGCAACGUAAGAGCUCUUCCUGACGGUUGCUAUCACUUUCACCUCUGGAGACAAGAAUCCGUACAAUACGACUGCAGAAAUGGUUUUCGCUUGCAAGGUAUAAAGGGAAGCAUACUUUGCUCUAGGAAGCUUGGAACCUCAUUGAAGUGUCAAAGAGUACCACUCAGAUGUUCUGCUCCUCCUUCGAUGCCCCAUUCUCUACAUCGUGUAGAGCAGCGAAGAUAUUUCGAAAAUGAAACGUUUCAGUACGAGUGCGAACUAGGAUACUAUCUUGUGGGACCCAGUACGAUAACUUGUAGAAGUAACGGCAAUUGGACUCCAACAACGACUCCGUCUUGUCGAGACGAUUUGAAGUGUUCUACUCCUGACGUUCCUCUAAACGGUUACAAGAGUGGAACUAACUACAGAGUAAAUAGCACCGUUUCGUUUUCUUGUCAGAACGGAUACCAACUCUCUGGCCCUCAAACGAUUCGAUGUACGAGUGAGCUGCAAUGGAAUCCAGAACCCAAUGUGAAAUGCGAAGCAACUACGUGUCCACAAGUCAGCCGUUCCGCUGUAGCAAAUGGAAAAGUGAAACUGAGAGAACUAAGCCAAUCUGGUUAUGUCUACGGUAACUUUCUGCACAUUGUAUGUGACAGAGGCUAUGAAUCUGUUGGAAACGACAUCAUUUUUUGCACUGCCAAUGGUGAUUGGGACUCUAGUCUUCCACGAUGCGUACAAAUAUUUGAAUCAGGACCUUGUGCAGUAAGAUCACCCUGCAGAUUGGGAAAAGAAUGCAUUGUUACUCCUUAUAACGAAAGCAAAUGUGUAUGCUCUGCUUCUCUUGGACAUGGUUGUAUAUCAACAAUAGCACCUAUGUGUUCUACUGAACAUCUAACAUUUUGGAGUGACUGUGAUAUGAAGAAUUAUAGUUGUCUCUACCCACAAAAACAGUUUUCAAUUCUUCGACAAAGCCGUUGCAACGAAGGUUCCAGAACCAAAGUAACAGUCAACACUACAAGAGGUAUUGAAACUAGACACGUAUACAAAUGCAGCUUGCCGAAGAAGGUUGGACCGUGUAAAACUGCCAACACCCGAUUCUACUUUGACCAAGAUGUAAACAGAUGUAAGUCUUUUGUUUGGGGAGGAUGUGCUCCCAACAGCAACAACUUUGAAAGUAUGGAACAAUGUCAGAAAGACUGUAAAGAGUUUCAACGUUGCAACAGGAAUGAAAUCCAAAACUCGGGAGUAAAUGUAGCCAAAGGCCGUCCAACAUCUCCAUCUAAUUCUUUGUCUGCCUCAUUUGUGGAUGGCAGUAGAAUCUAUAAUGAAUCUACAGAAGUAGCGUUUUCAGAAUGGAACGUCAGUCUGCUUUGGCAAGCAACUAUUUCAGAGAUUGUGGUUUGGAAUAGUGAUUACAAUCUUCCGUCGUUAACUAUCACUCUGUAUUACGAUAAUCUAGAAGUAAUUGCGAAAACAAUCGACAGAGUAGGACUUUGUAAAUACGGGUGGGUGUUACCGUCAACUACAAUAGCGACUUCUGUCAGUCUGGAAACAUCAGCGUCUUCAACUCUGCAUGUAGAUGAAGUUGAAGUAUUUGGAAUAAUUGACCGAGGACGAAAGAUCAACUUUUUGCAAGUUGCAGCAACAGCAAUACAAUAUCCCGGCACAGCGAGCCAAAACACUAUGUCAGGAAAUGCCAGUAAUGCGAUAAAUGGUAUACUAGAAAGGAAUUCAGGACCUGGUCAUGGCUUUCUAACUUGUUCUUCGACAUUACUGAGAAACAGUGAAAGACCUUGGCUUCAAGUUGAUCUGAAAAAACCUUAUUUCAUUACUGAAAUCGAAUUGUUUCUACGGAGGGGUGAAGAACGUCGACAUUGGCAACAAGGACUAACAGUUCAUGUGACAAACACGCCUCUUCGUUUCCGUCCCGUCACAUCUGCUCUAGUCAAUGUGUUAAAUCGGUGUGGAGAACCAUAUUCGUCACCUAUCGAUCAAACUCCCAAGUUUCCGUGCUAUUAUUUGCACCCCAGUCAGUACGUAGUCUUGACUCUCUUACAGGCACACUCAUUGUCAGGUCUUCAAGUGUGCGAGAUCCAAGUGUUUGCUGUAGCUUGUAACGACCUGACGGCAAUUGAUCAUGUCAGAGUAGAAAGUCAGACAGAUAAUUUUGCUCCUGCAGAAGCUUCGUACACUUGUGAAACUGGAUAUUAUCCUGUGCCCUCUCAAAGGUUGUUGACGUGUGGUAGGGAUGGCAAAUGGUUGACACAGCAUGGCAGCGAGCCAUAUUGCCAAGAGAUACAACAGACUUCCACGUCUUUACCAACCUUUUUGACGUCGGCUUCGGGUCCAUAACACGAACGACAAGAACUUCCCGUUUCAGAUUUGUUAUUUCCGUUUCUAUGAGCAUUCGGAUUGACUCGAUCUAGUUAGUAUAUGCAUGGUUUUGUUUGAACUGUUGUCGUCAUGUCCGUUGUGCGUGACGGGCGCGUUUUGUCUAGCUAGUGUUUUGCGCUGUUUGCAUGUGUCAAUGAUGAACAAUAGCAGUAAUGAGUUGCUUGCUGUCUUACACUACAUCUUCGUUCUUGUUCUUGUGUGUGGUACUGAUAAAUGCUAAGAUCUCUAGGUCUUUGUGAAA